AUAUGAUGAAGGAAAUAAGCCGGAGUAAUGAUGCUUCUGAUCCACACUCCGGAGCAGAAGAUGGCGGUAAUGCACCAAUACGCUGGAUGACAACCGCCGUGAAAAUAUAAGAAAAAGAAGAAGAAGGAGUAAUGAUGCAGGAAAAUAAUCCAGAAGGUGGCGGUAAUACAACGCGUUUGGAUGCAAGCCGCCGUUAAACCUCGAAGAAGAAGAAGAAGAAAACAAGAAGUCACCGCUAGCGCCAUCACACAGCUUUGAGUCUUCUGAGGUGAGAUCUGCUCCUCCAACCACACAGCAAUUCACCUACAGUUCAGCUCCUCCCACAACAGUUUAUGAAAGAAAGUAAAAAACAUGACUGAUCCAGAACCCAGCAGAAUAAAACAGGAAGAUACUGAACAACAAAUAGACCUGAUAGAACAGAACAAGGAGAUUGAAGAACUGAUUGAAGAGGGGGAGAACCAUUAUGUCAAAACUGAAGAGAUAUCCUGGAAAUCCUCAUUGAAAAGAAGAGGCAAAAUAUGGCCUCCGUGUGAAAAGAGUCCCUCAUGCAAGCAAAAUCCUGAUAUUCACAUACAAUUUCAUCUUGAAGGGAAGUUGUACACAUGUGAUCAGUGUGAAAAGACUUUCACAAUAAAAGGAAACCUUACAAAACACAUGAAUAUCCACUCUGGGGAGAAGCCAUACACAUGUGGUCAGUGUGGAAAGUGCUUCAGACUAAAGGUAAUCCUUAAAAAACACAUGAAUAUCCACGCUGGGAAGAAGCCGUACACAUGCGGUCAAUGUGGGAAGAGCUUCAGACUAAAAGCUACUCUUAACAAACACACGAGGAUCCACACUGGAGAGAAGCCGUACACAUGUGAUCAGUGUGGGAAGAGUUUCUCACAAAAAGAAUACCGUGAUGCACACCUAAAAACCCACACUGGAGAGAAGCCGUACACUUGUGAUCAGUGUGGGAAGAGUUUCACACAAAAAGGAGCCCUUAAUGUACACAUGAGGAUCCACACUGGAGAGAAGCCAUACACAUGUGAUCAGUGUGGGAAGAGUUUCAGACUUAAGCAAACUCUUAACGAACACAUGAGGAUCCACACUGGAGAGAAGCCGUAUGCAUGUGAUCAGUGUGGGAAGAGUUUCAGAAAAUAUGGUGGUUUUAAAAAACAUCUGCUUACUCAUUCUAGAGAAAGACUAGAAAACUGUGACCAAAGCAGUAGAAAUUUGUUUAGGGCAAAUUUCCUGAAGGACCACCUGAAAGUUCAUACAAAGGAGAAGCCUUACAUAUGUUAUUUAUGUGGAAAGAGUUUUAGUCAGAUGGUUGCAUUAAAGAUACAUCAGAAAAGACACAGCGGAGUGAAGGAUCAUGCUUGCUCUGAGUGUAGGAAGACUUUUUUUACAUAUGGUGCACUGAAGGUGCACAAGACAGUUCACACAACAGAAACACCUUACAAGUGUUCACACUGUGACAAGAGCUUCAAACGGUCAACAUAUCUGCAAAUACAUGAGAGGAUCCACACUGGAGAGAAGCCGUAUACAUGUGAUCAAUGUGGGAAGUGUUUUAGACUAAAAGAAAUGCUUAAUCAACACAUGAAUAUCCACACUGUAGAGAAGCUACACACAUGUGAUCACUGUGGGAAGAAUUUUGGACAAAAAGGAAACCUUAACAAACAUAUGAAAAUCCACACUGGAGAGAAGCUACAUACAUGUGAUCAGUGUGGGAAGGGUUUCGUAAAAAAAGAUAACCUUAAAGAACACAUGAAAGUCCACACUGGAGAGAGGCCACACACAUGUGAUCAGUGUGGCAGGAGUUUCACACAAAAAGGAAGCCUUUUCAAACACAUGAAAAGCCACACUGGGGAGAAGCCACACACUUGUGAUCAGUGUGGGAAGAGUUUCACAUUAAAAGAAACCCUUAAUGAUCACAUGAGGAUCCACACUACAGAAACACCUUACAAGUGUUCACUCUGUGACAAGAGAUUCAAACGGUCAAAAUAUAUGAAAAUACAUGAGAGGAUCCACAAUGGAAAGAAGCCGUAUACAUGUGAUCAGUGUGGGAAGAGUUUUGCACAAAAAGGAAACCUUAACAAACACAUGAAAAUCCACACUGGUGAAAAGCUGCAGACAUGUGAUCAGUGUGGGAAGAGUUUCACAAAAUCAAGUGUUUUUAAAGUUCAUCUCCGUACUCAUUCUAGAAAAAGACAAUAUGAUUGUGACCAGUGUGGUAAACAUUUUUUUACGACAGGUGCCCUGAAGAAGCACCUGAAAGUUCAUAUAAAGGAAAACCCUCAUUUGUGUUCUUUGUGUGGAAAGAGUUUUAGUGAGCUGGCUGCUUUAAAUUGUCACCAGAAAAGACACAGCAAUGUGAAGGAUCAUAUUUGCUCUGAGUGUGGGAAGGCUUUUUUUACUGAUAGUGAAGUGAAACAGCACCAGACAGUUCACACUACAGAAACACCUUACAAGUGUUCACACUGUGACAAGAAAUUCAAACGUUCAACACAUCUACAAAUACAUGAGAAGAUCCACACUGGAGAGAAGCCGUAUCACUGUCAUUCAUGUGGGAAGAGAUUCACUCAAUUAUCUUCUCUAAUCUGUCAUAAAUUACAUGUGUGCAUGUCUGAAAUUACAGUAAGUAGUUCAAGUACUGAUCCUGUACUUCCAGGUGUGAUGGUUAAUAUUGAUUAAUCAGAGAUUAUUAGAAUGAUUAAUCAACUAACCUUUGAAUAUUUCACAGAUUGAUCAGUCACUUUUAUUGAUUAUUCAGCUUUUAGAGUUUGUUAAAAUGUUGAGUUAUAUCCAUUCUAACUAAUAAAUAAAACAAGGAAAUCACUUCGGUUUUUGAAAAUGUCUUUUUAAUAAACUGAGUAAAUUGAAUUAUUGUCCUCUUUAGGUAUUCUGUAAUCCUCAGAUGUCAUCAAUACACCAACUUUGCUUAGAACUGAAACACAAAAACAAAAGUGCAUUUCACAACACAUAGGAGGCUAAAAUAUUAAUCUACAAACAAAUCAUUAUCUACAUCCCUUUGUGAGUGCUGUGGUCAGCAAUCUUGAGAACACUGAGGCUUGCGGGCUUGAGAGCAUAGGCUGAGGAUCCUCCACACUGGAUACUAGUCUUGUCCACGUUGAGACGGAUCCAGUGGUAGCCAUGAUGGCUGGAGUCCGUGGACCAAGCUCUGGGGGAAAGUUUAGGGGUGGUUCCUCCUCUACCUGUCCUACUGUGACAGGAGAUCUACACAGCUGUAGGGCCAGGUCCACAUAUUGAGCCAUGGUCCACCUGGUAUCACCCCCUGGCAUCAGUGUCAUUGUCCUGUCCGCCCCAAAUACAG